AAAUCUUUGACCGCUUUUGGGCCAAGCUGCUGACGCACUUACAGCCAGCGACGACUAACCACAAACCUUCCACACUGGACAAAGUCAAUGGCGAGCGGAGGCCUGGGAAACCUCUUCAGGGCACAACGAAGUCCCACGCUACAGACUCCCGCACUAAGGACCCUCCCGGGCUGAGAGCAGCAAGGGGCACACCCCAUAGGUGCUGGCCACACCCCAUAG